GCCUCAUGUUACACACACCUGUAAGUGAUACAGACUCAUGAAUUAUUACAGAGGCCGAGUGAACUGGGCAUGUGCAGGACAGGAAGAGUAGACUGAGAAGACAGGGAGCGAAUGGAGCUAAUAAAACUACCAUGGACAUCUCUGCUUUACCCAACAAUAACGACCCAGAGAGGUUCCUCCAGCUGGAUGUGGGCAUGCUGCCGGCCACCCACGGCAUGUUCCAGCUCCAGGCAGUGAUGUCCUCUCAGAGACACUGGCACAACAGGGUCUAUAACCAGAUGGAGGGACAGCGUGUGAGAGGAGAAGGCCAGUCCCGGGUUCCUUCUCCAGAGAACAGUCCUGUGGUGUUUAUGGACAGAUAUUUGGAGAAACACAUCACCCCUGUCACUCUGAAGACCACCAUCAAGACCAACCCUUUGUACAUGGACUUCACUGAGAUGGAGCAGGUGGAUAAUGAGAAGAACAAACCCUCUUGGACUGUGCAGGAAUACGACACGCAAACUUUGCAUGGAAACCUUGCCGACUAUCUGAAGGAAGGUGAGAAGACCCCCAAAGAUCUAGACUUCUGGCUUGAAGAGCUCUACACACCUGGAUUUGAUUCUUUACUCAGAAAGAAAGAAGCUGAGGAACAACAAAAAAAGAUUUGCAAAUUUUUAUCUUUAACACUUUUAUCAAUCUGUGUUAUUCUAAUUGUUAUAUUAGUUCCAGUUAUGGUCCUUAAAAAGUCCAAUUAA